UUAGCCGCCGGGCCCAUUUAAGUGUGACACCGUUGUUUUGUUUAUGUGAGCGAUCUAUUUCAGUGACUCCCAAACAACAUUUUUGUAAGUUAAUUACUGUCGAACCGAAACAACAAAAUGAAACCUGCAGUGGACGAGAUGUUUCCUGAAGGAGCCGGACCUUACGUGGACCUGGACGAGGCAGGGGGCAGCAGCGGCCUGCUGAUGGACCUGGCAGCCAAUGAGAAAGCAGUUCACUCUGAUUUCUUUAAUGACUUUGAGGAUCUGUUCGACGACGACGACCUGCAGUGACGACAUCCCCUGAACACCUGAGCUUCACUGUGAACGUGUCGAUAAGAAAAUGAAAUCGUGCUCAUUCUGACCACAGCUUCUGUCUUAUUUAUAUCCCAACAUGUCCCACACCACCACACUUGAAUAAAGCCUUUUUCUCUCUUUUUGUACAGAAAAUAAAAAAAGCUGUCUUCA